AUGAAAAUUCUUUCCUGGAAUGUUAGAGGCUUGGGUAGGGCAGAUAGAAGGCAAAGGAUUAAGGAAUUUCUAAGUCAGAAAUAUGUGGAUAUGGUUCUGCUGCAAGAAACAAAACGGUCAUGUAUGGAUGAGAGUGGUGUUAGGUCUUUGUGGCCUAUUGAUUCGGUGGAAUUCAUGGAAGUGGGCGCAGAUGGUAGUGCUGGAGGGCUUCUUUGUGUAUGGGACCCUCUGAUCUUCUCAUUAAAGGAGUGCCGCUGUUUCAGAAGUUUCAUACUAUUGGCAGGUAUUAUGCACUCUUCUAUUAAUUGUGUAAUUUGUAACAUUUAUGCUCCAAAUGAAGAUUUGAAUAGGAGAAAGUUAUGGGGUAUUCUUUCCAAUUUGAAGUCUAUUUUUCCUAAUCCUUGGUGCCUAGGGGGUGACUUUAAUGAGGUAAAAAAUAUUAGUAAAAGAAAAGGGUGUGUAAGAAGGGACAGAGGAAUUGGUGAGUUUGUAAAUUUUAUUAGCAACCUUGAAUUGGUGGAUAUCCCAAUGCUUGGUAGGCAAUACACUUGGGGCAAUUCGCAGAGCUGGAACAGGAUUGAUCGAUUUCUAGUUAACCCUGACAGGUUAGAAUGGUUCAGAUACAAGGUUUGGGGUCUACCAAGAUUUUUUUCUGAUCAUAGCCCUAUUCUGCUGAUGGAAGAUGAUAGGAAUUGGGGCCCGAAACCUUUCAAGUUCAUCAAUGCUUGGGUUUUACACCCUGACUUCCUUGAUGAAGCUAAAAGAGCAUGGGAAUCAUCAGGUGUACAAGGUUGGGCUUGUUAUAUCAUCAUGGAGAAGCUGAGAGUUCUAAAAGUAGCACUGAAAAAAUGA